CCGGAUCCAGACCGGAGGUGUGCGCAGGAGCUGGGUGACGUCUGACUUGAUAUCUGAUUGGCUGUCUGGAAAAAUGAAAAAGUAAUCGUGGUCUAGGGCAGAGACAAACGAGAAGAUGGGGCGGGACUCGAGGAGGUGGAGCCUAUAGGCUUUGGGCGCGAGCGGUCGAAAGGCAGUUGGUGUGGGUUCGGUUGCUAGGUCCGGUCCAGCGCAUCAGCUCAGGCCCAUGGCUGACUCUGAAGAGUUUCGGGCUUCUUCGCCGCCGCCGCCGCCUCCUUCGUCUCCAUCGUCAGGCGCCUCUUCGUCGUCCCUCAGCAUGCCAGUGAGUUUGGGCUGGCGGGGUCCGAGCCAGAGCCACGGUCCAUCAGUGGACCCGCUGGAGCAAGUGGAGCUGCAGAUCGGAGACGCGGCAUUUUCCUUAACUAAACUUCUUGAAGCCACAUCUGCGGUAUCAGCUCAAGUGGAAGAACUUGCCCUGAAAUGUACAGAAAAUGCACGCUUCCUUAAAACGUGGCGGGACCUCCUGAAAGAAGGCUAUGACUCCCUGAAACCCGACAACUGACUUGCAGAUGUAGUCGCUUAAUGACUCAAACUUAAGAUAUUUGCACAUGGACCACAUGUAUGGGGCUGCCUGUCUCCAGACAUUUAUACUGAGAAUGACAUUUUUCUUGCUAUUCUUGACUUUGUGAAAGCAGAAUACUGGGCUCUCUUACUCGCUUAUGUGUUUUCUCUGAUAUGGCAGUAUUUACCUUAGAUGCUUUGUGCCCUCUAAACUGUGGUUGACUCCUUUAUGAAAGCUACUUCCAUCAGUAAGUAAUUAUCAUAACAGGGCCUCCCUGCAACCAGAUCAUUACUUGUUUUGUGAGAAGAUGACAAACACACCUGAGCUGGGAGUUAAGCUUGGCCUGUCUCCUAAGGCAGAUGGUGAAGAUUUCAGGUUCCCGUCCACAGGACACCUACUCAGAAACUGGUGGUGGCGCUUUAUUUACUUCCUUAUCCCAAUGCCCACAGCCAGGUCACAACACUCACUAUCUGUGAAUAAGACUCAUGAGUAUAAUUAAAAGUUACUUUUGGCUCCUAUUUUUUAGGAUGAAGACUGUUUUUCUAAGAAAAUUGUAUGAUUCUAAACCUCAUUGACUUGAAGGAAAAUUUUUUUCUCUCUGUCUCUCUCUGUUUCUCUCUCUCUCUUCCCCCCUCUCUCUUUUGUGUGUGUAUGUGUAUGUGUGUAUAAAUGGGAAUUUGACAUUUUUUCUGUCUUAAAGCAGUAUUCCUUUGUAGCUCAAGCUUCUGUCUUGAGGGCCAAUAUGACUGGUAUGCAAGACAGUUUUGAAUUUUGAUGAUGAUCUUAAAAUAUAUUUUCUCAUUCUAUGACUCCAUUUUUAAAAAGUCUUUAUUUCAUAAAAUGAAAACUUUUAUAGAAUACAUGCUUUUUUCUAUUUUUAUAGUUAACUGCUUUCAUAGUUAAUAUUUUUCUUGUUGGUGUUCUAUAUGUCCGAUUGCUAUGUUUGGAAUACCUUAUCAAAUUUAUAGCAGUAUGCUAGGUAUUGUUUAAUGGAGCUUUGCAAGUUAUUUACCUAAUUCUAAAGUUGGUUUCCAUAUAACAUUUAACUGUUUCUAUGGGUUUCCUGUCAGUUGAGGAUAGUGUUAAGGUCCCACUUUAUUUGUACUGUGUUUCUGUAUUUAGUGCCAUCUAUCUUUAAGCCAUGUACUACCUUGAUACAUAGAAUCUUGAAGUAUCUUUGAUGUGAUGUCGUGUAGAUACGUUGAUGUGAAUAGAACUCUAUUCUAAAGUCUCACCAGGCAUCUAUGGUAGGGGACAAAUGGAUGGGCAAAGACUAGUUUUGACAUAGUCAUAGUUAUUUUUUCUUCUUUAAAUUAAGCUCACACAACACAAAUGGUGUGAUUUCUGUACCAAAGAGUGGUUAUUUCUGUAUAAGAGAAAUACUUAUAUAUUCUGAAAAUUGCAGUUUAAAAAUGUAUAAAAAUAAAAGUAAAUUAAAAUGUAUUACAAGUAAA